CAGUUUCAUUGCAAAACGUCAUUUCUGGCUCUGGCAAAUUUUAGCACGGAUUCCAGUAGUAUUUUUUGUAAAUAAAACCAUUUAUAAAACGAUAGGUCGUGGUGAUGAGAAAAAAGCAUCAUUGAUAAUGGCCUCGGCACUGGAGCAGUUUGUAAAUAACGUCCAGACACUUUCUUCUCAAGGUAAAUUUUCAGAAUUAAAAGAAGUCAUUACCAAAUCUUCAGAUGUGUUAGUAAAGAAUGCUCAGCAUUUGGAUAACGUCCUUGAAACAUUGGAUCUUCAGGACCAUUCCCUUGGAAUUCUUGCUGUGCUAUGUGCAAAGUUAAAUCUAUGUAGUUUCACUGGAGCUGGAAAUAUAGAUGCCCAAAAAUUGCUUUUUAGCCAGGUUCAAGAAUUCAUCGUUGGAUGUAAUGGAGAACAAGUCAGAUUUGCACCAGAUACUUAUGCUGAACUAUGCCAUUCAAUCACACAAGCUUUGGUGGAGCUUCAAGCUCCCAUGCGAGGAAUUGAGCUUCUUCGACGAGCGAUACGUAAAAUUCAGCUAUUUGACAGUCAGUUGACAUCUAUACACGCCGAUCUUUGUCAACUGUGUCUUUUAGCGAAGUGCUUCAAACCAGCAUUAGAAUUUUUAGAUACAGACAUUACGGGAAUAAGUCAAGAAGGUGGACAAUUUGAUUCCAAGUAUUUUCUACUGUAUUAUUACUAUGGUGGAAUGAUUUAUACAGCCUUAAAAAAUUAUGAUAGAGCAUUAUAUUUCUUUGAAGUAUGUGUGACAAUACCUGCGAUGGCAGUGAGUCAUAUAAUGCUUGAAGCUUAUAAAAAGUUCAUCCUCGUUUCACUGAUACUUCAUGGAAAAAUUGUCAACAUACCAAAGUAUGCCAGCCAGGUAUUGAUAAGAUUCAUUAGGCCAUUAAGUCAAGCUUAUCAAGAGCUUGCAACUGCUUAUUCUACCAAUAGUUGUGAUGAAGUACGAAGCAUUAUUAAUAAAUAUCAAGAAUCUUUCACUAGAGAUCAUAAUCUUGGUCUUGUUGAACAAGUUCUCAGUUACUUAUACAAGAAAAACAUUCAGAGACUGACCAAAACAUUUCUUACGCUGAGUUUAAGUGAUGUUGCAAGCCGAGUGCAGCUUUCUGGAUCUUCAGAAGCUGAAAAAUAUAUUCUAAAUAUGAUUGAAGAUGGAGAAAUUUAUGCGACGAUCAAUCAAAAAGAUGGAAUGGUAGUAUUUCAUGAUGAUCCAGAGAAAUAUAAUUCACCUCGAAUGUUAGCGAAGCUUGAAAAAGAAAUGGCAGCAUGUGCUGAACUUGAUAGACGUGUUUCAGAAAUGGAAGAGGAAGUGAUUGUUACUCCACAAUAUGUUCGUAAAGCUUGUGGGCAAAAUGAUCAAGAUGAUGCUGCAAGCGGUCCACCUCCUAGUAAUGUUACGAAUGCCCAAGUUCAACCGAAACUCAACACUUACUCUAUGUAACAUACAUGCAUCAUUAUGUGUUAUCUUUAAUUAUUAUAUUCAUAAAAAAAAAAAUAAUAAUAAUAAUAACAAAUGUGAAGUGUGAGAAGCAGAGACGAAAAAAAGCAUCACGUCAUUAGUUAGCAUUCUCAUAUUUAUUUACAAUUGAACAGAAUUCUUUUCUGCGCUACAAGAAUACAUAUUUUGUGCUCUUAUAAAUUUAUUACAAAACUUAA